AUGGAAGCACAGGGGAAAAGACUACUUACCAAGACUGUGGACUAUGUGGCUGCUCAUGAGCCUGAGAAAUUAUUCGCUGUGAUUCCAAGGGGAUCAGAGGUAUGCGAUGGGUUUCAGAGGUUGUCUGUGCGAGACUUGGCUCGGGCUGUGAAUUCCCUAUCUUGGUGGAUUGAGGACACCAUUGGAAAGGGAAAUUCCCGUGAGACAUUGACAUACAUGGGCGCCAAUGAUGUGCGCUAUUUCUUUUUCCUUCUGGCAUGCCAGAAGACCGGCUACCAGGCUUUCUUCACCUCUACCAGAAACUCCGAUGAAGCCCAUGUGCAUCUGUUGAAAGCAACAAACAGUACCAAAGUUUUCUUUAGUGAAGAACGCCAUUCCCAAAUCUUGGAGAUCCAAGGACUUUGCCCGAAUGUGGCUAUAUUCCAGAUCCCAACCGUGAAAGCGACUCUUGGUGAUGAGCGCGGGCUACGUCCGUAUUCUGUGGCGAAGUCCUAUUCUGAUGCCGAGAAUGAAAUAGCCUGCUUGAUUCACAGUUCAGGAACAACUGGCUUGCCCAAGCCCGUGUCUCUUACGAAUGGGUUCUUUGGGGCGUUUGAUGCUAUUCCCUUGCUGUCCUGGCCCACAGGUCGUCAGCCAAGCUUGUUUUUCCAAUUAACCAACAACGACUUGGUCCUUGCUACCACACCGUUUUUUCACCUAAUGGGACUAAUAUCCUUUUUCCUGGCAAUUUUCCACGGCGUGCCCAUUCUGAUUGGGCCUGAUAAGCCAUUGUCCGUGGAGCAUCUGGUUGACUUGAUAAAUGAAACUCAUCCAAAGGGAGCUGUCUUUCCACCUUCAAUUCUGGAAGACAUGAGCCACUCCGAAAAGGCCCUCGCGAGCCUCAAAUCUCUGCAAUUUGUUUCCUUUGGAGGAGCGCCCUUAGCCCCUGACACGGGCGACCGUCUGCGCAAACACACCCAGUUGAUAUCUAUCAUUGGAACCAGCGAGAUUGGCUGGAUACCAGCCUUGGUACCGGAGGAUGAGGCUGACUGGGCCUACUUCGAGUGGAACACUGCCUAUGGCAUUCGUAUGCAAGAUACCGGCGACGGACUUUACGAAAUGACCUUGCCACGUCUAAGCAACUCACGAGAGAUUCAGGGCAUUUUCCACACGUUCCCCGAUAUUGACCUAUAUCGGACCAAUGACCUUUACACUCAACACCCCAGAAACCCCAAUUUGUGGAAGUACUAUGGCCGCCAAGAUGAUGUGAUUGUUCUGAGCAAUGGUGAGAAAUUUAACCCGGUUACGAUGGAAACGAUUAUCGAGGGACACCCACUCCUAUCUGGUGCGAUAGUCGUUGGACAGUCACGAUUCCAAGCUGCUCUGCUGGUAGAGCCAAAUCCCAAUGCCCCAGACAUGGACUCAAAGCUUUUCAUUGAGGCGAUUUGGCCGACCGUACAGGCUGCGAACCAGACAAUCGCGGCUCAUGGCCGAGUGAUGAAGAGCAAGAUUGGCCUUGCCAAGAAGACCAAACCGUUCAAGCGGACUCCCAAAGGCUCCGUACAGCGGCGUGCGGUGCUUCGAGACUAUGAGAAGGAGAUCAACGAGAUUUACGAAGCGGGCCUCGAAGAGGAUUUGAAUCAUGUUCUACCGGAAACUUUGGAUCAGGCGGGUAUAACCGAAUAUACUCGGCAAACCAUCGCGCGCGCUUUGGAGAAGCCUGAUGUCCCCAUCGAGCAGGACCUUUAUAGCACUGGUCUUGACUCUCUGAUGACCAUUCAAGUUGCAAGAAUAUUGCAAAAGGGUGUACAGCAGCGUCGACCUGAAGUUAAGGCCGGCGUCAUUACUCCUCAGACAAUUUAUGCCAACCCCACAGUGAAGCGUCUAGCUGAGUUCAUAUUUGGUAUUAUUGAAGGCAAAGCUCAGGCUGGCAUUUCUAGAGAUGAGAAGGUUCGACGACUGGUGGAAAAGUAUACUGCUGAUCUUCCUCCUCGAAACAACACAUCCCAAAAGGAGUUAUCGUCCCCAUCAACGGUGAUUUUGACAGGUUCAACUGGCUCGCUUGGCACAUACCUCCUGCACGAUCUCCUUAACACACCAUCCGUCACCAAAAUCUAUUGCCUGAAUCGGUCUGAUGCCGAGGGUCGACAGAUGAAGGGUCUCGAGGAAAAAGGGCUCCAUUUCGAUGCUAGUCGCUGGGUAGACAAGGUCGAAUUUCUUCAAGCCUCGUUUGGAGAGCCUCGAUUUGGCCUUGAUGAGAGCAAAUUCCAGGAACUGCUCGAUUCCGUUGACACGAUCAUUCACAAUGCAUGGAAGGUUGACUUCAAUCAUUCGAUUGAAUCAUUCGAAGACACCCAUAUCAGAGGCAUUCGCCACUUUGUGGACUUCAGUUUGAAGAGCAAACAUUACGCCCAUAUUCACUUUGUAUCGUCUGUCAGCACAGUGGGUGCAUGGACCCCAGAGAUGGGAUCAUUAGUUCCGGAAGUGCCAAUGGAAGACAGCGCCGUGGUCCUCCCUCAGGGGUACGGUGAAUCCAAGCACACUGCAGAGCGCAUUUGCUUGGAAGCUUCCCGAAGGUCACAUGUCCCUACUACUAUAUAUCGUGUUGGGCAGAUCGCAGGCCCAACGACCUUAAGCGGACAGUGGAACCCGCAUGAAUGGCUUCCGACAAUUAUCGCCACAUCAAAGGCCAUAGGAAAGAUUCCAAACCGUCUGGGAUCCAUUUCUGUUGACUGGGUGCCUGUGGACAUUCUCUCAAAGAUCAUGGUCGAGAUUGUUCAUACCCGCCAUGGAGAUCGGUCCGAGCUACCCACCGCAGUGUUCCAUCUUACAAACUCUGUGACCGCGCCGUGGUCGACGCUCAUACCUGCCAUCCAAUCAAAGUACGAGGUAGAAUCCGUUGAAUUUACUUCGUGGCUGGCAGAGCUCGAGAGCAUCGAAAACCCGACGAGCACAGACGUAGCCGAGAAGCCGGCACUGAAGUUGCUUUCUUUCUAUCGUGGUCUGGUUGACGAGAAAAACAGUAAAAUGUCCGUUGCUUUGGAUGUUCAGAAAGCGAAAGAGGCCAGCGGAACGAUGCGAUCCUUGGGUCCAAUCUCUCCGGCGUUGAUGACAAACUGGCUCGAUCAGUGGAGCUUUUAG